AUGAGUUUCUCGCCACGCCCGCUGGGUCCUCUUGGGGUGCAGAGUAUCCAGGAGCAGAGAGACCACUGGCAGAGAAAAUUCAGUCGAACAGCCAAAGAAAUGGUGCAAAACAGAACAACACUAACUGCCAGCAGCUGGGACUGGUCAACCACUUUCUUUGUGGAGAUCUUGAAGGCCAAAGGAACCCUGAGGUUGGACAUUAGAGAAGACAUUUUCAGUUCAAUUACUAUUCAUUCAGUAAACCAGGCUCUGCUGGUCCAUUUGGAGAAUGGCUAUUUUGGCAAAGGCCUUGACCAGUUCUGUUCACACAUACACCAUUACUACACAUAUGUGGACAACAUCUAUAAUGCCAAUAAAGUGCUUGAGAUGCAGCUUAAGAAAAACAAGGCCUUCAGACGCUUCAAGAAACUACAGGAAACCCGCCCAGAGUUCAACAACCAUAAGUUAGAGGACUUGCUUCAGCUCCCCAUUCAGCGAAUUGAUCAGUAUAAGCAUUUCCUACAGAACCUGAUUUCCAGCACGAGUCGAGAGAAUCCAGAAUAUGAGCAGCUUUCAAGGGCAAUGACUGCAGUGUGUGAGGUGUCCCAGCGUAUCCAGGACAAUACCCGGCACCACGAGAACCACCUGGAGCUUUGCCGUGUGCAGAAGUUGCUGAAAGGGCGAAAGACGAAGGUGUUGGCUGCAGGGAGGUGGUACAUCCGUGAGGGCUGGCUGAAGGUGGUUCCUCAAAAGGGUGCAGAGGCUAAGCCUAAAAUGUUCUUCCUGUUCUCUGACAUGCUGCUGCAGGCCAAGCACUGCAGUCCCCUGCAUUCCACCAAUGGACACAAGUUUGCCGGCGAGCAUGCCUACCCACUGCAGGACUGCACUAUAGAGAAGGUGUUUGGCUAUACAAGGAGCCAGGGAGGCCUGCUCAGCUUAACCUUCCCCAGAACCAAACUUCUGCUGAUGUCCAGCAACCAGGAGGACCUCAAUGACUGGUACCAAAGCCUGAGUUCAGCUAUUAGGAAGUUGCAUUCGAAACAGACAGCAAUCCAUCACAGAGACGAACUGUGCCGCAGACCCCUCCACUCUGCCGCCGAUAACCACAACGCUCCAGCAACAGCGCCAUCAGAAAGAGAAACAUGGCGAGUGCUGAGAUCAGUGAGCGAGCUGAGGAGCCUCCAGUUGAGCAGGACUGCAGCGCCCCCAAGAGGAUGAAGCCAUCUGAUGUUUCAGGGCAGAGUGCAGAGGGGUUCACUUCCAGCUGUGUGAUCCUCUGAUGGACGGAUUCUGGAACAUCUGUGGAUGCUGCACUGACCGAGAGCUCGCCUCACCCUUUUGUGCCUUUUUGUCUCAACACAUGGUUUUAUGUGUGUGCAGUCAUAGCAUCAUUUAUUACUAUAUUUUUAACAUUAGGUCAGAGGACCUUUAUCCUAUGCAAUAUAAACUGAUAAUCCAGUGCUCACAAAAUAUGUUUAACUAUAAGAUUCAUCUCAUUAUAUGGCAGUGUCUGUUUUUCCCUGUAUGUUAAACUCUGCAUUCAGAAUCAGCUUCUACAGUAUGUAUCUGAUAGGACCUAAAAUAAAAAUACAAAAGGCCAAGUGCACAAUGGUGGUUGGUCGGUAUCAUUUAAAGGGGAGCAACAAAUCGUGACACAUCUGUGAAAACUUUGACUUUGAAAGCAGGAUCAUUCAUAUCUGAGUCCGUCAGUAUGAAACAUGAUUCUGAUCUGAGCCUGAACUGAUCGGGGAACAGCUGCUCUUCUCUUCCCUUUGCUUCCCCGUAAUGAAGCAGAUUAUUGUUGCUACAGCUCAGGGGUCUUUGUAUGAAACGACAAAAUGGCCCAUGUUAAAUACACAGGAUGAAAUAAAUGAUCAAAAUCAGUUAGAUUGGCUCAGUUAAUUGUUUAUUUGUUUUAUUUCUACCAUCAAUUUUUCAAAAGUCUGUUUUGUUGAAUUUUUGGACUAAUUUGUAUUUUUUGUUUUCGUGCUUGUUCUGACAACAGCAAAGGGAGGAAAUACAUCGUCGUGAUGACUUCAUAUUUUGCAGUUUAUUGGUUCAUUCGUCAUUUUUGUCUGAUAAUUAUUGAUGAUGAUUGUUCCAUAAUUAUGACCAGUAAUGUUGACUCCACAGAGUCCAUAAUUUAUUCACACUGAUUGGCGCAGCACUGAGUCACACCAUCAUCCAGCACACUGGGAGAUAACUUCUCCUCAUUAAACAUGUUAGAUUCCCUGCAAUGAGUGAUUAUUGAUUAAUGGACUGAUUGACAUAUGUUUAGUAGAUACUAUAUGUAUGUGUUGAAUUGUUGUGAUUACAAACUGAAUAAUUGGAUUUGAUGAUGUUCUGUGGCUGUUUUCUCUCUGUGAUGUGGACUAAUGUAUGCGUGCGCGUGGGGACAGGUGAACUCUGACCUGCCGACCACUCAGUGUUUGGAUCAGGGAGGGGUCGGCAGGUCAGAGUUCAUGCAUGCUAUCUGCAGCCAGGCCGGGCCACCUGGUUACCAGAUGUGAAGUUCACUGCCUUAUGUUUUAUUUUUUGUUUAUUCUUUGUUAUAUUUUAUUAUAUUUAAUCAAUCAUACCCAAAAUCAUCAGGUAUUCAUUUAUAUUCUUUAUGAUAUUUUAAAGCUGCCCGGCAUUUUACUGCAU